AUGGGGGUAACGGGAGGAGAAAGCAAUUCGUGCAGCAAUAGCUGCAGCAGCAGCCGGGUGGUGGGAUACGCGGAGGGGGUUCCUAACCCCCAGGAGCAGCAGGAGCUAUCCUCUGUUCCCAGGAGCGGUGCCUCUGUUCCCGAGCAGCCGAGUCCCGCCGCUAUGCUCGCGGAUAGCGGAAUCUGCGAUCCCCAGGGCGGGUCUAAAUCACCCUGUGGUGGCGCCAACGCUGCUGCUGAAACGAGUGCGGAGAGCUGUGCAGGAGGGUUGGGGGAGUCGGGGGGGUUGGGGGGGUUGGGGGGAACGGAGCCUGGGGUAGGGGGGGGUGGCGAGCCGGCAGGGGGGGCGGCGGGGGGGGGGGCAGCCGCGGCGGGGGGAGGGGGAGCGGGGGGCGGAGCGGGGGGUUGGCAGGGGCGCGGGUGGGCGCGCGUGGGGCAUGCGCUGAAUGAGGGGCUGCUGCGCGCGACGCAGAGGCGCCUGCGCGUGGACGUGCAGCUGCUGUGGCGCUUCCUGCAGAUCCUGUGCCUGCAACUGAGAGAGGGGUUGAGGGGUGCUGCGUCCACCCCCAUCGCCACUGUCACCUCGGGACGCAACCGAUCAGAGCGCCUGGCCCACCUCUUUCCCGAGUCGCUACGUACGCGUUUUGAAGCGCCCCUGUUCGUUUACACGGAAGAAAAGGCGUAUCUAGCAAUGUCAGAAGCGGCCAAGGAGAUGGUGGGAGUGAGAUCAGUGAACAAGAGCAUCCCUGCUCACAACCGCUGCUUCGGUGCCUGGUGGAAGAGUGUGUUGGUGGAUCUGGUGGUGGGUUACGACACUAUCCUCAUGAACUCCCUCAUCUCCUCACGCGGAAAAGGUUUCCUGUACAACGCACACACCAAGGAGCUAUACGACCUGAAUCUCGCUGCCACCAGGGGUAGAGCUGCGGCAACGUCCUUCGAAGACGUGAUCUCGUUCAAGAUUGGGGUGGUGUUCACAUCAGUGUUCAUAUUCUUCAUGACCCUCCUCGCUGUCUCCUUCACCCUCCGAGAGACGCAGAGCCGCAUGCUCAAGUUCACAAUCGCGCUGCACCACCAUGCGAGGCAUCGCCUGCCCACGUUCCGCCUAAUUGCCAUGCACAUCCUCGAAUCGCUCGUCUUUAUUCCAAUCAUGAUCGGCAUUCUCUUCUUCCUCUUUGAGUUCUACGACGAUCAGCUCUUGGCCUUCAUGGUGCUCACACUCGUGUGGCUCUGCGAGAUCUUCACACUCAUCAGCCUUUGGGAACACAUGCAUGUGUUCCUGCUCCUGCCAAUUCCCGCUCAGCCCUGUCGGUCUUUUUUCAUCUUGCUCCUCCGUGUUUCCAAUUCUGACUUUGAACCGUCGGUUCUUGCCAAACCCGGUCUUUGA